AUGGGGGUGGAUUACUAUAACAUAUUGAAGGUGAGCAGGAAUGCAACAGAUGAUGAUCUAAAGAAGGCAUAUAGAAAAUUGGCAAUGAAAUGGCAUCCAGAUAAGAACCCCACGAACAAGAAAGAAGCUGAAGCUACAUUCAAGCAGAUCUCUGAAGCUUAUGAGGUCUUGAGUGACCCACAAAAAAGAGCAAUUUAUGACCAGUAUGGUGAAGAAGGAUUAAAAGAUGCACCACCGUCCGGCAAUGGCUGCUUUCCUUCUGGAAAUGGUAGCGGUAGUGGAUCAAAUGGUUUCAAUCCUAGGAAUGCAGAGGAUAUCUUUGCAGAAUUCUUUGGCAGCAGUCCUUUUGGAUUUGGAUCAACAGGACCUGGUAGAUCCAUGAGGUACCAGUCGGACGGAGGGAUGUUUGGUGGAUUUGGCAGUGGUGAUAACCUUUUUCGAACUUAUAGUGAGGGGACUACACCAAGGAAACCACCAGCAGUAGAAAGCAAAUUGCCUUGCAGCCUCGAGGAACUGUACUCUGGAUCAACUAGGAAAAUGAAGAUAUCUAGAACAGUGGUUGAUGCUCAUGGGCGACAAGUGCAAGAGACGGAGAUAUUAACCAUUGAUGUGAAGCCGGGGUGGAAGAAGGGAACAAAGAUUACAUUCCCUGAUAAAGGAAAUGAGCAGCAGAAUCAACUUCCAGCAGACCUUGUGUUUAUUAUUGAUGAGAAGCCCCAUAGCACAUACAAGAGAGAUGGCAAUGACCUUAUCAUCAACCAUAAGGUGACACUAGCCGAAGCACUAGGAGGGACAACAGUAAAUCUCACCACGCUUGACGGCCGUAGUCUAUCAAUUCCUGUACAUGAUAUAGUAAGCCCUGGUUACGAGCUUGUUGUGGCCAUGGAGGGUAUGCCAAUAGCAAAGGAGCCAGGUAAUAGGGGCGAUAUGAGGAUCAAAUUUGAAGUGAAGUUCCCAACAAGAUUGACACAAGAGCAACGAGCAGGACUCAAGCGCGCAUUAGGGGGUUAA